AUGGCACUCAACGCAACCAACGGGUCCAACUCUCUCUCGAAAAAUGUCAAGCCGAGAAAAGUGGCUCUUGUCACGGGGAUUACAGGGCAGGACGGCUCCUAUUUGGCUGAAUUUCUACUGGAAAAAGGCUACGAGGUGCACGGCAUUGUACGCCGAUCCAGCUCCUUCAACACUGGGAGGAUUGAGCAUCUCUACAAGAAUCCACAGACUCACUUAGAAGGUAACAUGAAGCUGCACUAUGGGGACCUGACUGACAGUACGUGUCUCGUGAAGAUAAUAAAUGAGGUGAAACCCACCGAGAUCUACAACCUGGGUGCACAGAGCCAUGUAAAGAUCUCCUUCGACUUGGCAGAGUACACGGCAGAUGUGGAUGGUCUUGGCACCUUACGUCUCCUUGACGCAGUGAAAACCUGUGGCCUUAUUGAAACGGUGAAGUUCUAUCAAGCCUCAACCAGUGAACUGUAUGGAAAAGUACAGGAGAUCCCACAGAAGGAGACCACUCCAUUUUACCCCCGAUCCCCAUAUGGAGCUGCCAAACUCUACGCCUACUGGAUCGUGGUGAACUUCAGAGAAGCCUACAACCUGUUCGCAGUUAACGGUAUUCUCUUCAACCACGAGAGUCCGCGUAGAGGGGCCAACUUUGUAACCAGAAAGAUUAGCCGCUCGGUAGCCAAGAUUCAUCUGGGACAGAUGGAGUGUUUCAGCCUUGGAAACCUGGAUUCCAAGAGAGAUUGGGGUCAUGCCAAGGACUACAUCGAGGCAAUGUGGUUGAUGCUGCAAACGGAUGAGCCUGAAGACUUUGUGAUCUCUACAGGGGAGGUCCACAGUGUUCGGGAGUUCGUGGAGAAGGCUUUCAAGCAUAUCGGGAAAACCAUAGUGUGGGAGGGCAAGAAUGAAGAUGAAGUGGGCCGCUGCAGCGAGACUGGAAAAGUCCAUGUGAAGGUUGAUCCCAAGUUCUACAGACCCACUGAGGUAGAGUUCCUACAAGGGGACUGCAGCAAGGCGAAGCAGAAGUUGGGCUGGUCACCAAAGGUCUCGUUUGAUGAACUAGUAACCGAGAUGGUGAUGGCAGAUAUUCAUCUGAUGCAAACCAAUCCCAAUGCCUAACACGGCCCGGGGUACUGAGCCCCUCACAAUCAAUGGGGGCAACCCAUACAUCCAGUCAGUCCUUCCCUUAGAGAUCAUACCUAGAUAUACAAAGUAUAUUAGAUUUAUAACUUAUUGACCUGUGUAAGUAAAACUGGU